AUGGCGUCCCAAAACGUCAACAUUCUCCUGUCGACCUUUCCCGGUCUCUCACUUCCAUCAACACUCUCCUUCGCGUUACCAUCAUCAUCCAGCGUAGCUGACCUGACGGACAAAAUCGCCUCAUACCUGCCUCCUUCUCUGCCACUCAACCGUCUGGUCUUGACAACAACCAGCAACAAGCAACUUCUCCCCUCAUCCGAAUCCAUCGCAUCCUACCUCAUCAGCACCAAUGACAACCUCGCCACAGCCUCCAUUCUCCCCCUCCGCCUCAGCGCCCCCCUAUGCGGUGGUAAGGGAGGUUUCGGAUCCCAGCUCCGUGCCGCCGGUGGGCGCAUGUCCAGCAAGCGCAAGCGCAACCAAGGCGACGACAAUGGAUCCAGCCGCAACCUCGAUGGCCGUCGUCUACGCACAGUCAACGAAGCCAAGGCAUUGGCCGAGUACCUCGCCCUCAAGCCGGAGAUGGACAAGAAGGAGAAGGAGGAGCGUCGGCGCCGGUGGCAGGCUGUUGUUGAGGCGGCAGAGAAACGUCAAGAGGAGCUGAAGAACGGAGGCGGCAAGCAGAAGAUUGACGGUCAGUGGAUGGAAGACAAGGACGAGAUGAAUGAGAAAGCGAGAGAGGCGGUCCUUAUGGCUAUGAAGGAUGGUAUGUGGACGGAUAAUCUUCGCGAUACGAUUCUGGGCGGAUCAAGUACGAGUGCUAGCCCAAGUGAGGGAAGUGGUCAGGAGACGCCCUCCAGCUCCGAGGAGGAAAGUGAUGAUGAGCAGGAGAUGGAGGAUGCACCUGGACCGUCGUCGUCGGAGCCGGCGCGCAAUGCGGCUCCUCGGCGGACUUUCAUCGCAUUUCUUCCCCGAGCUCUCCAACAUCCCCAAACCUCACCAACCAUGUUGCCAUACCUCGGGCGCAUAAUCCCACGAGGGCGCCUACCAUACCACCGAGCGCCUUUACAAAUAUCCCGCCUUCGCAGACCGUGCCUGCGAACAACAACCGCUAUUUUCUCUCCCCGUCCGGAGGUACUAGCCCGCACCCAGCUACGCAGCUUUUCCACGAGUAUUCCUCUCCGCGCAAGCCCGGCUCCUGAACCAACAAUUGAAGAAGCUGUCCUCCCCGUCUGCUGCCCUGGAUGCGGUGCGUAUGCGCAGACUGUUGAGCCGAACGAGCCUGGGUUUUAUGGGAAGACUAGGAAACAGACGCGGAAGCUCUUGUCGGAGACGAAGCAGGUUGUUGAGGGUGAGGGAAUUGGGGAAGAAGAGUCCGGAUUGAAGGCUGAGGGGGAGAAGGCGGCGGAUCGGAUUCAGAAGUAUCUGGAGCUUACGAAUGUUGGGGGGAGUGUGCCGAGGCCGAAGUCGGCUGAUACUGCUGGCAAGUAUCUGGAGAAGUCGAAAGCCCCGGUCCAAAUCUGCGAUCGAUGCCAUGAUCUGCUGCAUCAUAACAAGGCCGUUCCUGCUAUUUCGCCGACUAUGGAUUCCCUGCGGGCGUAUUUGGAUGAGUCGCCUCAUAAACAUAAUCGGAUUUAUCAUGUUGUUGAUGCGGCGGAUUUCCCUAUGUCUGUUGUGAAGGAGAUCUACGAUACGCUGGGGAUCAUGGAUCCGCGGUCGAAGAAUCGGCGCUCGGCGACUUAUAAGUAUAAGAGCGGGAAGAAAUUGCCGACUAUUAGUUUUGUUAUUAAUAGGUCGGAUCUGUUGGCCGCUACGAAGGAACAGGUUGAUUCGAAGAUGGAGUAUGUACGGUCUGUGCUUCGUGAUACGUUUGGACUCUCGCAUGAGGAAUUCCGCUUGGGCAAUGUGCAUAUGAUUAGUGCUCAGCGGGGAUGGUGGACGAAGAAAGUUAAGGAGGAGAUUAGGGAGCAUGGGGGUGGGAUUUGGGUGAUUGGGAAGGCCAACGUUGGUAAAAGCAGUUUUAUUGAGGCCUGCUUUCCCAAGGAUUCGCGGAAUCUCGAGAAGAUUGCGGAGUUGAUCGAGCUCCGUGAGGAGGAGUCCAAAAUCGCUACGCACUAUGACCCUUCUGCUAUUGAUUCAGAGGGUCUUCUACCCCCUGCGCCUCGGGAGGAUUUAUAUCCUAUUCUCCCUGUGGUCUCUUCUCUAGCCGGCACGACGGUAUCACCUAUUCGUAUCCCGUUUGGCCGUGGAAGGGGCGAGAUGAUUGAUCUGCCGGGGCUCGAGCGUGGCGAGCUGGCCGACCAUGUCCGUGAUGAGUUUAAACGCGAUUUGAUCAUGACCAAGAGGAAGAAGCCUGAACGCCUCUCGAUCAAGCCUGGCCAAUCACUACUUCUCGGAGGAGGUCUCGUCAGAAUUACGCCGAUGAACCCUGAGGAUGUCGUGAUGGCAGCUUGCUUUGUCCCGCUUGAAUCGCAUCUCACCAGAACCGAAAAGGCUAUUGAAAUGCAAACGGAGCAGCGCCCUUACCCCAAGACCAAUAUUGCCAGAGAAGGUACCGGUCAGGUCAUCUCGUCUGCAGGUGUUUUUGACCUGAAAUGGGACGUGACUCAUUCGCACCUCCCCAGGUCUAUCGCCAAGGCGGUUGAAGAUGGGCAUAUGAAGAUGCCGUCUCUACCAUACAAAGUAAUGUCGACCGAUGUUUUGAUCGAAGGAUGCGGCUGGGUUGAGCUUACAGUUCAAGUUCGAGCCAAGUCCGCGAAGGAGUCUGAUUCUGAGGAUGAGACGUCAAAGUCGUUCCCUCAAGUGGAAGUUUUCACUCCGUACGGCCGCCAUGUUGGAUCUCGUCCUCCGAUUGAAUGUUGGAAGUUCAUAGAAGCGAAGAAGGUCGCUGACAACCGCGCGAAGGGACCUCGGGGACGGCAGAACAUUGGACUGGAGAAGCGAGCUCGGCUCAGCUGA